AUGACCCCAGUUAUCGUUGCCGCGACUGGGGGCCAGUCAGUCGCCUGCGGCGAUGUUGAAAUGUCGAGCUUGCCAGUCGCUAACCGGCCAACAAGGGUUCGCCCAGUUACCGGACCGGAGGCGAGUUCGGUUAGGGGUACAUGCAGGGGUACACGCGGACAUGUGCAUGAGCAUGUGGGCAAACGUUUUGUCGUGUUGCCUAGAGUCGGUAUGUGUGGCACCCUGGCGAGUGGAGUCGGACCCAGCCAAAAGACUGGCUGA